AUGUCAGAUGAUGGUUCUAGAAGCUUAUGGAGGAAAUUUUGGUGGAGGGAGGGAUUGGGUGUGGUGGGUAUAGGGUUGUGGGUGUGGGGAGAGAGUUUGGGUAGUUUGGAUGGUUUGGAAGAUGAGGAGGUGAGGUGGAAGGAGAGGAGAGUGCACUUGGAGGGUGAGAAAUUGACAGUGGCUGUGAUUUUGGGAGGUGGGAUUGGCGGGUGA